UUCGCCGAUAGUGAAAAAGGUUUCUCAACCCCCUCUCCCUCUAUACUGUGACUUAUAAAGACCGUCCUUAUAAACCCAACCAUCUAAUCUUUUCCUCACUCUUGUGAUUAUUUUUGCUACCCCGCCACUUAAAACAAACAAACAGCGUGCUGUGUGAGUAUUUAUAAGCAUCUAGUGAUAUGAAUUUUGAGAAUUUGUCUGCAGAAAAACAAAAUUGGACGACCUAGGCCUGGCAGAUUGUAGAUGAAGUAGGUGCGACCCGAUUCAUAUUUGACAGAGCGAUGGAAACCAAGGUAUUACCCUUCGAUGUGAAUAGCUACACCUUGGGCGUGGCUUUCUGUACGUGCUUUCUCUCAUGGGUGGCUGUAAAGCGAUACCGAACAGAAGCUAAAGAAGAAUCUCUGCACUCCUUACCUCCCGGCCCACCGAAAUGGCCUCUGUUAGGAAACAUACCAGGCAUGAUGAUGGCUGGAAGCAGUUCCAAGUACCUCAGUGAUUUGGUGUCGGAGUAUGGACCAGUCUAUACCCUCUACAUGGGCCCGAGACCAGUUGUGGUCCUCAAUAAGUACGACAUCAUGAAGCAGGCUCUCAUGGACGGACACCUACUCAGCGACAGGGGUGAUCUUCCAGCUCUUGAUGAUUACUUCAAAGGAAGGGGUAUUGUAGGGUCCCACUACACAGAAUACUGGAAAAACACCCGUUCUUUCGUCAUCCAUUCCUUACGGCAAUUCGGCGUCGACCGUCAAAGCUUCGAGAGCGUCAUCGCAUCCCAGGCCGACAUCCUGGUUGAGGACAUCCGGAAACGAGGCACUUUCGACCCGUUGCUGUGUCUCCAGUCGAACGUCUGCAGCGUCAUCUGCGGCGUGGUGUUCGGGAAGCAGUACAACCUCGACAAUCCGAGAUUCACCGAUCUUCUCGAGACGGUGUACAAGGCUCUGCGAGCCAUCGAGUACGCGGCGGUGAGCAGCCUCGUGCCCGGGCUGCACUACCUACCAGGAUGCUCCUACCAAAAGUUUUACGCCUGCAUGGACAAGCUAAUGCGUUUCUUCCGCGAGGAAAUCAACGCUCACGACGAGACGCUCGAUCCCGAUAGCCCUCGUGACGUCAUUGACAUGUACCUGUCGAAAAUUCGGCGAGCGUCACCCGAAGACCCGACGUAUGGGCUUUUCAGCAAGACAAACCUGGAAUUCGUCGUCAAUGAUUUAUUCAUGGCGGGAACGGAGACGUCUGCUUCCGUUCUCUAUUGGGCUAUUCUCCUCAUUGCUUCCAAUCCCGGCAUACAAGAAAGACUACAGAAGGAGGUGGAUGACGUCACAACUCAUUGUGACCACGUGAGCAUAGCCGAUGCAGCAUCGAUGCCGUACACGAGGGCGACGAUCGACGAAAGCCUUCGUUACGCUAGUGUAGCCAUCUCCUCGAUGCGGUCGACGACUUCGACUAUGACCCUCGGCAAGUACCGGUUCGAGGUUGGAACGUGGGUCAUGCUGAACUACGAGUACGCGAUGUUUGACCCAGACCAUUGGUCCGAACCCAAGCGCUUUAAACCUGAACGAUUCUUGGACGACCAUGGUCAGUACUGCCCAGAUGAACAGCUUAUACCAUUCAGUAUAGGAAAGCGCAACUGCAUUGGAGAGAAGUUGGGACGCAUGGAGUUGUUCAUUUUCUUUACGAAUAUCAUCAAGAACUUCGAGUUGGUAUUCCCCGACGAUGCGCCACACCCGAGCGUCGAAGCGGCAACAGGUGGCAUGAUGAGGGUGCCGAAUAGGUACAGCAUUACGUUCAAAGACAGGACGACCACAGCGGCGUAAUGAUUGCAGGUGGCAAUACGUUUCAAUAGGGAUUUUUAGAUUCUGCAUGACGAGAACGCGGGCUGCCAUUUUAAGGCAAUGUGACGUCACUGCCAGUGCCUUAAAAGGACAUCUCGUCGUGCAGAAUCUAAGAGUCCCCAAUGUGAAAUGUAAAACAACGUUGGGCAGUCUUUGUUUAUAAUCAAUAUUAUGGAUAAUGUAUAUUGACUUAUGUAUAUUUUGCUUGAAAUAAUUUAAGAACAGCAAUAAUAAUAUUGUUUGCAUGAUUGCUGUGAUAUAGAGCCAAAUUAAAUUCAAGUUCAAGUUCAAGUUUAUCUUUCUUUCAUAAUCAGGGCUCAAAUUAAUUUUUUGCCCAC